GUCGAAUGCGCUGUGAUUAACACCUUGUUUUCCACGACCCAGGCCAGGACAGAUUUUCAUGCAAGGAAUUGUAUUUUUUUGUCUCGACAGCAGGGAGAGAAGAGGCACAGGAUUGCAGAAUAUUAAAAGGAGGAUAACUCCACUUAAUCUCCAUGGAUCUCUCCACUUCAUCCUCUGUUUCUGACACUGUCUGUGUGCUCUGGGGCUGUGAGCUGAGUGACACCCAGAGAAAGGCAGUGUUUGAAAUAGAGGAGGAGGAUUUGUUGGAGCAUCAGUUCUUUAUUCGGACGAUGUGUCUGAGUGCAGAGGCCAGCAAGGAGAUGCAUGUAGUGGAGGUACAGGACAGAGUUGGGGAAUACUCCAAGCCAGUGCCCAUUGCCACUCUUCACCCUAUGUGCCAACCUAUGGUCAGUUUCAGUGGGUUUGAGCUCAUGCCACCUGUCACCUUCAACCUUCGCUCUGGGCAGGGCCCCCUCUUCAUUUCUGGACAGCAUGUGACAUUGGUCUUUGAGGAGGAGGAGGAGGAAGAGGUCUUCUCAUCAACACACCCACUUGAUCACGUUGGGCUUCAGUAACAUGAUAAAAGUUGAAGGACUUCAAUAAAACACAGCACAAAAAGUAAGACUUUUGAGUUUC